AGGAACUGCAGUUCACCAGCCAAGUCUACUGUACACAUGGGAACUCUGUGGAACACCCUUUUAGUAUGAAGGGCUAUGUGAGAUAAAAGUUACUUUAACUUUUGGAUUUCAUCUUUCAGGGAAGAAUAAAAGGCCAAGCUAUGAUAGCAACUGGUGGAGUGAUAACCGGCCUGGCUGCCUUGAAAAGGCAAGACUCCGCCAGAUCACAGCAGCAUGUCAACCUCAGUCCAUCUCCUGCUACCCAAGAGAAGAAACCUGUCAGGCGCCGGCCCCGGGCAGAUGUUGUGGUUGUUCGUGGUAAAAUCCGGCUUUAUUCCCCAUCUGGAUUUUUUCUUAUUUUAGGAGUGCUCAUCUCCAUUAUAGGAAUUGCCAUGGCCGUUCUUGGAUAUUGGCCCCAAAAAGAACAUUUUAUUGAUGCCGAAACAACACUGUCAACAAAUGAAACUCAGGUCAUUCGGAAUGAGGGCGGUGUGGUGGUUCGCUUCUUCGAGCAGCAUUUGCAUUCUGAUAAGAUGAAAAUGCUUGGUCCAUUCACCAUGGGGAUUGGCAUUUUCAUUUUCAUUUGUGCUAAUGCCAUUCUUCAUGAAAACCGUGACAAAGAGACCAAAAUCAUACACAUGAGGGAUAUCUAUUCUACAGUCAUUGACAUUCACACGCUAAGAAUCAAGGAGCAAAGGCAAAUGAACGGCAUGUACACUGGCUUGAUGGGAGAAACAGAAGUAAAACAGAAUGGGAGCUCUUGUGCCUCCAGAUUGGCAGCAAAUACGAUUGCCUCUUUCUCGGGUUUUCGGAACAGUUUUCGAAUGGACAGCUCCGUGGAGGAGGAUGAACUUAUGUUAAAUGAAAGUAAGAGUUCUGGGCAUCUUAUGCCCCCGUUGCUCUCUGACAGCUCUGUCUCUGUCUUUGGCCUCUAUCCACCUCCUUCCAAGACAUCUGAUGAUAAGACCAGCAGCUCUAAGAAAUGUGAAACCAAGUCAAUUGUGUCAUCAUCCAUCAGUGCUUUUACAUUGCCUGUGAUCAAACUUAAUAACUGUGUUAUUGAUGAGCCCAGUAUAGAUAACAUCACUGAAGAUGCUGACAACCUCAAAAGCAGGUCAAGGAAUUUGUCAAUGGAUUCCCUUGUGGUUCCUUUGCCCAACACCAGUGAUUCCUUCCAGCCUGUCAGCACAGUGCUACCAAGGAAUAAUUCCAUCGGGGAGUCACUGUCGAGUCAGUACAAGUCAUCUAUGGCUCUCGGGCCUGGGCCUGGACAGCUCUUGUCUCCUGGGGCUGCUAGAAGACAGUUUGGGUCCAAUACGUCCUUGCAUUUGCUGUCAUCACACUCAAAGUCCUUAGACUUAGACCGGGGUCCCUCCACUCUAACUGUUCAGGCAGAACAACGGAAACAUCCAAGUUGGCCUAGGUUGGAUCGGAACAACAGCAAGGGGUAUAUGAAACUAGAGAACAAAGAGGACCCAAUGGAUAGGUUGCUUGUGCCCCAAGUUGCCAUCAAAAAAGACUUUACCAAUAAGGAGAAGCUUCUUAUGAUUUCAAGAUCUCACAAUAAUUUAAGUUUUGAACAUGAUGAGUUUUUGAGUAACAACCUAAAGCGGGGAACUUCUGAAACAAGAUUUUAGUGUUAAAGGAAUAUAUCAUUUUACAAGGGUAUAUAUUUAAAAAUAUUUUCACUGGUGUUUCCUUCUUAAAGCAUUGGCUGUAAGCCUUUUUAAUCAAAUGGUUUGUAGUGUAUUAGAAUUGGCUGCUUAGUUCUGUAAUGAAGAUGGUUGUAUGUUUGGGUUACUUGUGACUGUAGUACUCUAUAUUAAUCACAUAUGAUUUUAUUUUCUCUUCCUUUGAAAGCAUGAUCUCUUUUAGUAAUAUGAAUGCAAAAUACUUGCAUCCAAAUUAAAACUUAUUUUCUUUACUUUUAAUUGCCCUGUUUAUAAAAUGAAAUGUCCAAUAUGGAAAACAUAGGGUACCAAAGUGCGGACCAGGAGUACAAAUUCAGUCCCAAUACUCAAUACGUAUUAUGGAUGACUAUGAGUGUAAACCUUAGGCUGUGAUUUUCUGAAUAAUUGUUCUUUUUAGGAUUUGGUUAAGUUAUUUAAAAUGAAAGAGACCUAGUUUCAGUGUGAGCUCAAUGAUGUGAAUUGGUUAAGUUUAUUGUGAAUCCUGAGUUUUAGAUAGGUAGUAUUUUUUCAACAUCAGUUCUGUUUUCAGUGAUGUUAUAUCAAGAAACAAUGUAUCCAAGAGCCAUCACUGACAAUGCCAGACAUACUUAUGGAUAAAUAUCAAAAUGCAAUUAUAGUGGCUAUAACUUUAGGUAUUCAGAAUCAAAAUUCACAAGCUGACUUGAUAAACCAAUAUACUUUGUAGAAAUACUAUCCUGAAAUAAUUAUACACAUGAAUGCAAUGUUGACUAAUGAAUGAAGAUACAUUACAUGCUAGUUAAUGCUAACUAGUCUCAGUACUUUUUUCUAGCCAUCUGUUACUUCCAAUAGUCCCUCAUUCCCACAUCCUAUUUUCCCCCAAUAUGUUUUAGAUCCUGGUAUUUGGAAAACAAUCGGCUAACCUUGACAUUUCUUUUCACCUUCACAUGCCACUAGCUUGGUAAUUCAAAAACAUUUAGUUCUUGAUAAAUUGCCUUGAAGUUUACCGUGUGCUGGAAAGCCUUAUGAUAACUCCAAAGACUUUCUUAUGGUAUAAUACAUUUUUAGGAUUGUGUUUCUUAGUUACUGAAGAUAAUAAAUAUUAAAAUGGAUGUUUCCAUCAGGAAAUUUUCAUGUUUUCCUUUAAGGUAACAUAAUUGUAAGAACUGUUGAAUAGAAUACUCAGGAAAUUCUACAGGUUUCUCCCAAUACCUAAGCAUUUCUGAACAUCAGUGUUGCGGUUAUGGAAGAGCAGAAGGAGGAUCCAUUUGUGUUGCUCCCCAAAAUUCCACAUUGCGUUUGCAUCACAAGCUUCCCUCAAUUGAGACACAGUUUUGCUUGUUAGAACAUUAAGCCUGUGUAUUGUAACAGAGUGGGCUCAAUAUUUUACUAUAAAGCAUUUAAUAAACUUCUGUUAUUAAUAGAAGUUUCUGUUCUUCACACCUUUGCUACUGCUUUUUAAAUAAAAUGUACAUUUCUGCUUAAA